AUACAGAUACUGCCAGGAGAUAGAGUCAAAAUUGAAGUAAGUCCUUAUGAUUCAACCAAAGGACAUAUAAUUUAUCGACUCCACAACAAAGAUUUGAAGGAUUAG